CGCGACUCUGGGGAAGGCACAGGAGACGCAAAUACAUUGCCGUCGUUUGUUUUGAAUACUCAAAUCGUUUCUCCGCGAAACAAACACAAGAACACGGCCUCCUCAAAGUCGUCGUAAUAUCGGGUCCAAAGGGGAAUUUAACAGCGAGUCCCCCGCGCUAUUAUUCCUCAUCCACUGCUCCAGAGGCGAAGGGGAUCGUGCUACUCUUUUUGCACUCCCGAAAGAAGAGUAUCAAUCCGGCGCUACGCCGAUACGCGAAACUCACGAAAAGUUUCGUCGCUUAGAACGAAGUUUGGGCCUUCCGACAAAUGGCCGCAAACAAGAAGCCUAGUUGAAUUUCUGUGUGGUUCCGCUCUAUUGUUGCCAGAUCCACAAUCUUCCCUGCAUAUAAGUUAUUGGCCCCCUAUCCCGAAGGGACCUCUGACCGGAACACUCUUCAGCAAUGGCUCCGAAACCUCAGACCCCACCCAAUAAACGAGGAUUCAAAGUUGACCGACCAUUUGUCCACUCGACACCGAUUCCACUAGAACCCGACUCAGACUCAGACUUCAAUCCCGGGGCUGUGUCUGUCUCACCGCCAAAGGUGAAGAAAAGGAAGGCGACCAGGAGGAAAGGGACAGGCGAGGGACCUUCUACUUCUCGUCCUAGAGGCAGGAAGCGUCGUAUCGAAGCCUUGAGUGGCAUCAGGGGUGGCAUCAGGGAGAAGAAGGAACAAUCCGAUUCGUCUGGUCUUGGCCAACGGCAGAAGGCCUUCGCUGCUUACUUUCAGGAACUUGACCUUCAGUCUGCUUCUGAGGGGGAAAACGCUGACGGAGAAGAGGAAGACGACAUCGAAAACAUUGAUAAGGACACGGAAGAUGAGGAUGAAGAGGAGAAUGAAGAAAAAGAUGAAGAAGAGGAUGAAGAUGACGGAUAUGCCAGUGCUAACGAAUCCAGACACGGAAAAGAUGAAGUCGCAGCCUCUCGUGCGGCUUCCAUUUCCUCAACCUCGCGUACAGUCAUUAGCCGUGUUGAAGAGGCCUCGCAGCAGAAGACGGCCGAUGAUUCCGUCACAGAGUCCGAAACUGAGCCAGAGGACGAACCCCCUCCUCAGCUAAUGAUGGGUUCCAAGAGGAAAAUUAUAGACGAAGUUUCGCCAAGUGUGGCUGUCAAGAAGGCGCGCACAGACGAGCCUGUGGGAGACGAUUCCGUGACCGAACCGGAAUCAGAGACUGAACCAGAAUCCGACGAGGAUUAUCUCCCUGAAUUUAGUUUGGACCCGCGGCCUGCCUUUGAGAAGCCAAAGGGCCAACGGAUUUUGCCGCCCUUUUAUCUUGAAGAGGAUAAGAGCGUGAAGGUUCCUGCAUGGUUCAACACGUUUCUGAGAGACUACCAACGCGAUGGUAUCAAGUUUUUCUAUGAUCGGUUCAAACAGGGCCGUGGAGGCCUGCUCGGUGAUGAUAUGGGACUCGGCAAAACAAUUCAGAUUAUCGGUUUUCUGCUUGCCAUCAUGCACAAGUACGGAGACGAGCGCGACAGUGACCGACGGUACAAGCAUGUUUCGAAAUUGCAAGAUGGCGAUUCGUGGAAGAAGCAUCGGAAACUGGCCCCUGCAAACGAGACAUGGCCGACUGCGCUAAUUAUUGCCCCUAGUAGUGUAGUGGGUAACUGGGAACGAGAGUUUCAGAAAUGGGGGUACUUCGAGGUCGGCAAUUAUUCAGGAUCUGACAAAGAUUAUGUAUUGAAAAACUUCAACAUGGGACGAUUGGAUGUCUUGUUGAUGUCGUUCGAGACCGCGCUUCGAGACAUCGAGUUACUUUAUGACCUCGCUGCAUCUGUGAUAAUAGUGGACGAAGCCCAUCGUGUCAAAAAUCCACGCGCGAAGAGCACAAUCGCCUUCCAUCGUUUUGAAUGUCCCGUUAGAUUUGGGCUCACGGGUACCGCGAUUCAAAACUCGUACUCCGAGUUGUGGAAUAUCAUUAACUGGACUCAUCCUGGAUGUGUUGGAAGCAAGAAGCAAUGGGAAGGUUAUGUAGAUCGACCAUUGACGAAAGGCCAAAGCAAGAGUGCGUCGGCAGAGGAACGUCUCCAGGCUGUCCUCGUAGCGAGGAUUCUCAAGGACAAAGUUCUUCCGGACAAUUUCCUAAGAAGGACGAAAUCUAUCAUCAAAGAUCAGCUUCCUGAGAAGAUCGAUGAAGUCGUCUUCUGCCCAUUGACACUGCAACAGAUCGAAGUCUAUAAACGGAUACUCAGUUCAAAACAAGUGCAGGACCUCGUGCGGAAGGAUGAACCUUGCGAAUGUGGAUCUCGUGCCAAGCGGAAGGAUUGUUGUCAUCCGUACGAGAAGGGUGCUCUUUUCAAAUUUGUGUCGGCUUUGAUCAAGGUCUCUAAUCAUUUGGCUUUGGUACUUCCAUCUCCAUCGGACAGCUCGGAACAGAUUGCUCGCAAUAGAGAACUCGCGGACAUAGCGUUUCCCCAUGGGCGUACUCCAAAGUUUGGCCCCGCAAUGCUUGUACCGGACUUUUGUGGGAAAUGGAUGAUCCUGCAAAAGCUUCUUGAACAGUGGAGGAAAGAUCCACUGAACAAGGUCUUGAUAUUCACCAAAUCCGUAAAAUUGCUUGACAUGCUCGACUUCCAUUUGAAGACCAAAGGUUUGGGAUUCCUUCGAUUAGAAGGCAAGACACCCCCAUCCGAAAGGAUGCCCAUGAUUGACAGGUUCCAUGAAGACCCUGACGUGUUCAUAUUUCUUGUUUCGACUCUUGCGGGAGGAACGGGCCUUAAUCUCACCGGCGCAAACAAGGUGGUCAUCUUCGAUCCCAACUGGAACCCAGCUCAUGACCUGCAAGCCAUGGACCGUGCUUAUCGAUAUGGUCAGACUCGUAAUGUCUCCGUGUACCGCUUGUUAGCUGCCGGAUCUAUCGAAGAGCUCAUCUACGCUCGCCAAGUGUACAAACAACAACAAAUGGCUGUCGGUUACAAUGCCAGCCUUCAGACUAGAUAUUUCGAAGGUGUGCAGGGUGAGAAGACCAAACAAGGCGAGCUCUUCGGGAUCAAGAAUCUAUUCAAACUUCAUGAAGACACAUUGGCUACUAAGAUGACGAUUGAGCGGGCGACUAUGACGGAUCUCAACUGGGCUCUAGCACAUAUGGAGAGCAAGUCUAAGAGACGCAUUGCCGAUGGUGUUGUAGACCUUGUGCGAGAGGCUAAACCCAAAGGAGAAAAGGAAUAUGACGACCUGGAUGGGUUGGAAUUGCUUCUAUUUGAUGAAAGUGCUCCGGAUGCCGGACAGGAUGAUAUUCACAGGAUACUCAAUGAUAUCGGUGUCGACUAUACCCACCGGAAUGAGCACCUGAUUAAGAGCAACGCUAUUGAGGAAAGGCGUGUGCAAGCUCUGCUGGAGGAGAAGAAGAAGGCUAAGCAGCAAGCGAAGGAGAGGGCCAAACAGCGUAAAUCUCCAACUGCAAAGGAUGAGUCGCCGCAGCCAUCUUGGCCGCCAAAGCGACGACAUCACAAACCACCGAUGACGGCGGAACAGAAGCUGCAAGCAAGACAGAUGGCCAUGAUCGACCUUGGAAUUAUCAGCAGCAUCGAUGAUGUCAAGACUUUUGCCCAAGAGUUCACCCGAAAGUCCGAAGAAGAACAGAGAACACUUUUGUCUCGACUUGACGAACGCUCAAAGCAGAUGCAGAAAGGAAAAUGAAUCGAAGACACUAACUUAUAGAAUAUCUAUGACUGGCGUGUUGUAUGUGAAAACCUAGCCUCAUAAUGUAUCUUACAGUGUAUGUAAUCUAGAGGGAAUGUAUGCUGUCCAUCUUUGAAC